AUGAGUUUACCAGAAGUUUUCCAAUUCAGCGUACCACCCUCUCUACUUUCGGAUACGAUAACGGAGCCAGAAGAAAGUACAUACCAAGAAGAAUUACUGGCGACACCGCUACUGAUAGAAGAUGAAGUUUUCAAAUUAGAUAUGGAUGAAACUCUAAUAGAGGAAGAUCAUAAGAAUUUGGAACUAUUCAGUUGGCAAUCCGAUGACCGUGAAUUUGCAAAUGCUGCUCAAGAUAACUACAGACUAUGGCUAGCGAGUGGUAACUAA